GCCGCCAUGAUGAAUAGAAGUGGGGUUUUGCGAUUGGAAACUCGAAGCCGGGCUAAAGAUGAUGUUAAAAGGGUUAUGCUCUCAGUGGAACGGGUUAGAAAAUGGGAAAAGAAAUGGGUUAACGUAGGUGCUGGAAACAACUGUACAUUGAAAGUUUUCAAAUGGGUGCCAGUCGCUAUCCAAGAGGGUGAUAAGAAACAGAACAAAAAAAUUGAUGCCAAAGAAAAUUCUUUAAAUGGCACUGUAGAAUACUUGGAAAAAGACAAUCAGUCUGUAACAUCAAGCACAGGGGAUCUUAAUGAAGACAGCAAUGCCUCAUCUCCAGUGACAGCAACAGAACAACGUGUUACGAAAGUGCCAUUCCAAAUAAAGAAUGGAACUGCAGAACAGCUAAACAACUCUCACAGUGUUGUUCCACAUCUAAGUCCUACUAAGAGGAAACAUGAAGAAAUAGAAGACCCUGACACAGUGGAUGAUAAUGGAAAUGAUGAAAACAGUGAGAGGGAUAGUUUUCUGCAAGAUGAGAACUCAAACAGUGCAUUCGACAUCAAUGAAGAUAGCAACAUGACAAGCAUGAAUGGGGAAAAUGAUACAAAUGAUGGGGAAGAUAUGGAAAACAGCUUUGGAAGCCAAUAUGUUAAUGAAAGUGAAGUUGAUUCACAAGCAAAUGAUGACAGUAAUGUGCAAAUCAAUGAAGAUAGCCAAGGUCCAAGUCAAGAUGAAGGUGAAGAAAGUAAUAUGGCACCAUCAAUAGCAAGUGAGGAAAGUGCAACAAUCUCAUAUAGGCUUGGUAUGGGUAUGCUUGAAAACGAAGAGAAUUCAAGAGACUGUGAUUCUACCAAUGAUGGCCAAACCAAAGAUUCUGUUACACCAUUUGAGAAUGAUUCUGAAACAAGGGCUAUUGAUAGUCUUGUAGAACUCAAAAAAUCUGAUAAUCCUCCACAACCACCAAGAGUAGCUACAGAGCAUUCACAAGCAGAUAGUCAACCAAAUGAACCAAAGCAAUCAAAUGAGGAUACUGAAAGUCCACCUUUAAAAAAGCACAGACCAGCAUCAGAGGAAUCAAAUUCUCAGUAACAUUAAACCAUGCAUUAAAAUACUUUACAUUUAUUAUAUAUGACCUAAGAUCAAAAUUUAUUUAUGACUUAUGCCAACACAAAAUGUACACAAUGUAUAUAUAAGUAUUUUCUUUGCAUCAUUGAACAGUAACCCAUUUCUGAAUUCUUUUUGUCAUGUGAUAAAGAUUGUUUGUACCAUACAAGUAUAUGUAUUUGAAUUUUUGUAAUAUUUUGCUUUACUUACUAAGCUUUAAGUUUAAAAGACUAAAACACUUUAGUUAAAGUAUUUUGAAGUAGGAUUACAAGUGUAUGCAAUAAGCUAUAUUUUCUGUUCUUUCUUAAGCUACAUCUACAAAAACACUCGAUCAAUCCAUUAGUGGUGUUUGGUGGGAUUAAAAUGUGAAACUCAUAAGAUAAUUUCUAGAAUAAUUGUUCCAAAGUCCAAAAUGUCAUCCUGUGGGAUUUGAGUGAUACAGCUCAGCUGUUCAAUUACCUGAAAGGAGAAAAAUAAAGGCAGCCAUAUUAUUUGUUAUUUA